GCCCGCGCAGGGCGCCCCAGCUGUCUGCACCCUAAACUCAGACCCUCCAGCAUCUUCUUGGUCAGGCGAAGCCCACGACGUUGACAUGCCGGAGAUCCGCCUCCGCCAUGUGGUGUCCUGCAGUAGCCAGGACUCGACCUACUGUGCAGAAAACCUUCUCAAGGCAGACACUUACCGAAAAUGGCGGGCAGCCAAGGCGGGCGAGAAGACCAUCUCUGUGGUGCUCCAGUUAGAGAAGGAGGAGCAGAUACACAGCGUGGACAUCGGGAACGACGGCUCGGCCUUCGUGGAGGUGCUCGUGGGCAGCUCAGCCGGAGGGGCCGGGGAGCAGGACUACGAGGUCCUUCUGGUCACCUCGUCUUUCAUGUCCCCUUCCGAGAGUCGCAGUGGCUCAAAUUCCAACCGCGUUCGCAUUUUUGGGCCCGACAAGUUGGUCCGGGCAACAGCAGAGAAGCGCUGGGACCGCGUCAAAAUUGUCUGCAGCCAGCCCUACAGCAAGGAUGCCCCCUAUGGCCUGAGUUUUGUAAGGUUUCACAGCCCCCCAGACAAAGAGGAGGCCGAGGUCUCAUCUCAGAAAGUGACCAAGCUCGGCCAGUUCCGCGUGAAGGAGGAGGAUGAGAGCACCAGCUCCCUGAGACCCGGGGCUCUCUUCUUCAGCUGGAUCAACAAGACCCCCCCGGUCGCAGCCAGUGACCCAGCAGGACCCAGCUAUGCAGCUGCUACACUGCAGGCCUCCAGUGCCGCCUCCUCGGCCUCUCCGGCCUCCAAGACGGUAGGCAGCACCUCCAAGGAGUCCCCCAGAGGCAAGAGGAAGCUGGAUUUGAGCCACGAAGAAAAGAAGACCCCCAGCAAACCGUCCGCCCAGCCCUCACCACCCGCCCUCAAGAGACCCAAAUUGCCAGCUCCCACCCAUACCCCAGCCACCGCCCCUGUCCCUGCCGCAGCACGGGGGGCGGCGCCAGGGAAGCCCCGAGGAGAAGGCGCUGAGCCCAGGGCCCCCCGCGCCGGCCCGCAGGAGCUGGGGAAGAUCCUCCAGGGUGUGGUGGUGGUGCUGAGCGGCUUCCAGAACCCCUUCCGCUCGGAGCUCCGGGACAAGGCCCUGGAGCUGGGGGCCAAGUAUCGGCCAGACUGGACUCCAGACAGCACCCACCUCAUCUGCGCCUUUGCCAACACCCCCAAGUACAGCCAGGUCCUAGGCCUCGGAGGCCGAAUCGUGCGGAAAGAGUGGGUGCUGGACUGUCACCGCAUGCGGCGGCGGCUGCCCUCUCGGAGGUACCUCAUGGCUGGGCCAGACUCGAGCAGCGAGGACGAGGGGGGUUCUCACGGCGGCAGCAGUGGGGAUGAAGCCCCCAAGCCUCCCCGAAAGCGCCCCCAGACCAAAGCCAAGCCCUCUCAGGCAGCAGGACCUAGCUCACCCCAGAGACCCCCAACCCCAGAAGAGACCAAACCACCCUCACCAGGGCCCCAGGAAGAUACCGACACCAAGGGGGAGCAGUCAGAAGGACAGGACAAUGGGGCAGAAGAUUCUGGGGACACCGAGGAUGAGCUGAGAAGGGUGGCUGAGCAGAAGGGACAAAGGCCGCCCUCUGGCGAGGAGAAUGGCAAGGACCCGUACGCAGGAUCCACGGAUGAGAACACGGACGAUGAAGGUCCCCCGGAGUCUCCCAAUCUGCCGAUUCCCGAGCUCCCAGACUUUUUCCAGGGCAAACACUUCUUCCUGUACGGGGAGUUCCCGGGGGACGAGCGGCGGACGCUCAGCCGUUAUGUCACAGCCUUCAACGGGGAGCUUGAGGACUAUAUGAGCGACCGGGUACAGUUUGUGAUCACGGCACAGGAGUGGGACCCCAGCUUUGAGGAGGCCUUGAUGGACAACCCCUCCUUGGUGUUCGUCCGUCCCCGGUGGAUCUACAGUUGCAACGAGAAGCAGAAGUUACUUCCCCACCAGCUCUACGGGGUGGUGCCCCAGGCGUGAAGUAUGUGCUCAUACACACACGGGUUUAAUAAAGGUGACUUGGUGUGGAGCGGCUGCCCCUCUCACCCGUGUCUCCCAGAACCCACAA